AAGGCCCUGCCCCCAUCCCGCUUCAUCUCCCCAUUCCCUUGCCCCCAUGCAGCCCCUUCUCCCCGAGGCUGUGCCUUCAUCCUGUCCCUUCUCCCCGAACUCCCCACCCCACAUUGCUCCUUCUCCCCAAGGCCCUGUCCCCACCCCACCCCUAUGGGGGCCUGCAUGUACCUUAAAAAAUAGCCUCGGUUUAAUGAUGUCCCGACAUGCAGGUCUAGUACCCAGAAAAAGUAGAUGGGUGUGACCUAAACCUGACGAGAAAUGUUACGCUGAGUUUUAUAUUGCCUGCUCCGACCAGAGUACAGUGUACUGCCAAAGACAAUGGCAACGCCUAGCAGGUUGAGUCAGGCAGACUUGUAGCCCAUGAAGGGGUACCUGCGUGCACUGUCUGCCUGUACGCUACACAAUGUAGGCUGUGCAUCAGCAGACAUGUCGUCAAGCGACCUGGGUCUAGGCUCUGCUACUGACUUGCUGUGUUGUCUUGGCCCAGUCAGCAAAUUCAGCAAAAAUAUUUCUUUUGAAAAUUUGGACCAGGUCUAAUAAUAAUACAGGCAUGGCUGUCGCUCUAAUUCCCAGAUUUAUCAAAAAUAAAACUCCACAACUCAGUUUACUUUUAUUUAUUUAAACUCUACAUGAAAAAUAAGAGGGCUAUCAAAAGGUCACAAAUGCAUUGCAAACAGAACAGUUUGUACUAUAUAAUUUCAGUGUUAUGACCCUCCAGAGUCAAAAUCGAGAGAUUGGAUCCAAAACCAUUAUUAAAAAAAUAAUAAAUUUGGAUUCUGUUUAUUCACCUUCUGGGUUUUCAAUCUUUAGGAUGCACUUGGGUCACAUUUUUUCUUUUCUGAACAACCAUGAAUGCCAGAAACUUACUUAUUGUUGUCAUGGAAGCUGAGAGUCUCAUAUAAUCAUGUGACUCCCGCAGUUGAGGCUUUGCAUCAAAUGUAGCGAAUCUCCUGAUAAAAUGCAAGCAUGGGCAAUGUUGUGUGAAUGUGUACAGUAAAUGGAGAUAUCCUUAGUCAUACUGAGCAGAGAAUUGCUUAUCAGAUUUUCUUCUGAAAAUUUUCCUCUCCCUGUCUCUGAAUUGAACAGUGCCAGGGUGGAAGAUGGUGGCUCAUAAGAACGGCCAUAUUGGGUCAGACCAAAGGUCCAUCUAGCUCAGUAUCACGUCUUCUGACAUUGGCCGGUGGAUGUUGACAGACAGACACCCGGUCUGGGGACCAGUCCCAUCCAGAGCCUCACAGCGCCUGCCUGAUUCACUGUGGUGUUACUCCAAUUUAAUGCCAUUCUCCAAGGGGUUAUGCUGGUGAAUGCCAUUCCAAAAGGAUACAGUCUCUAAGGCUCUUCUGGUCAGCAGGCUCCGGUGGAGGGGGACGGAGGACGAGGGAGAAGGUGCAAAGAAGCAGCGGGUGAAACAGCCGCGUGACUGGCUGUGCCGGGACCCCCCACGCCGUGCUCGCCGAGCUGCCAGGCGCCGCUCCAUCCGCCAGCUGCUGUGUGACAACUCAGAUUGUGCCCUGUGCAACGAGGCGGCCCAGCAAGCCGAGCGGCUGGUGUACGCUGACAGGGCCAGCGCAUGGGUCCCUGCCGGGCCAGGGUCACCUCCUGCUCCCACCUCCCGCUCCAAAGGGAGAAACCUGCUGGGUAGAUCCAUGUGGAGAGGCCUGGAUGUGCUGCAGUGGUGCCGCUCUAGGACAUGUGUAGGCGACCAGGUCCUCCCACCCGCGCAGGGCCCCUUCCCACCCAGCAAGUCCCGCUCCCCUCCUGAGCACCAGGCAGGCAGCCGGAAAACGGAGGGAGGAUGAGGAGGGGCUGCCCCACCCACAGCAAGUCAAAGGCUCCUCCACGGAGCAGGACGAAUGUCUCUUCUGCUCCUCUCUCUGGGAUGAGACUCUCCUUCGCGGGCAAGAGCAGGCCCAGAGCUCCUCUUCUCUACAGCAUGAGCCGCUCCUACUCGCUUGGGAGCUGAGAACUGGAUCGAGCCAGCACGAGCCAUUUCUUCCCAGGCAUGAGGAGUACCCCAGCCCUGCUCCUGCCCAGCACGAGUCCUUCCCUCCAAGCCAAGCGGAACGUGGCUGAGUCGGGAGUUUCCUCCGCAGAGGCAGAGCAAGGAGCCCCCAGGCCGCUCCCCAGAGGCAGGCGCAUUGCCCCAAUUGUGUGCCGCUUCUGGCCAAGUCCCCAGGCGGGACCAGGAUGUCAGGGCAGGAGGCCAAACGGCAGCGAGACCGAGAAAGCACAGCACCCAGAGCCACGGAGGAAGCUCCGAUGUCUCUGCCUGGGAGACCCCUGGUGCAGGUCAGCCCUGGAGCCCUGCGUGUGGCUGGCAGGCUCGAAUUGGCCGAAGCGGAGACCCUCUUCCUCCAACGUGACGUCAGGGCGAGUCUCGAGCGGCACAUCCAGGUGAAGAGGCUGCAGCACACCCUGGGGCUGUCCUGCACCCUGCAGAGCGCUUUGAAGAUCUUCAUGCCCCCAGCACCAAAACCCAUCGCACGCAAACCCUCGGGGGCAGGCAGGGUGGUGACGAUGCCACAGGCCCUGCCCUUCCUGAGCGUCGGCUCCAGGACAGAGCUGGAGCGGCAUCUGCAAAGGAUGGUGCAUCUGAAGAGAUGGGGGCUGCCCAGGAGGAUCCAGGAGUCCUUGAGGCUGCUGAUGCCAGCCACACCUCCACACUCCCGGCUCGGCCCCCUGCCGUCUGGGAAAUGGGCUCCAAGGGGGCCAGGCCCAGUGACAAGGGCAGCCCAGACACCCGGCCUCAGAGCUAGAGCCCCAGCCCAGGCCUCCCAGGGCCCCGCCAGAGCGUCCAAAUCCGCACCCGGCUCGCACUGCUGCAGAGACACUCGGGAGCUGCAGGGGCACAUUGCCAGGAAGGGCUUGGAAAUCAGACUAAGCGCGCUGCCUGCCGUGCUGAGGAGCUCUCAGAAAAUAGCUGCCCUGGGGCGCAGAGACCUGCUCCUGCCUAAACUGAUCCCCCUAGGCUGCAAGGCCCCCCUGGCCCGCCACCGGCUCUGCCCCCUGCUCAGCUGCAAGGCGGGCAGCGUGGAGCUCAACGUGAGGCACAAGCACAUCCAGUACCUCUGGGCUCUCCCGACCCUGUACGCAAAGUCCCUGGC